UUACUUAGUUCAUUGAACAUGGUUUUAAGAAGCAAAAUACAGUCGCCUUGGUACAGCCAGCUCGCUCACUUUUAUACAGCGUAAUGCACCAGAUGUUCCUGAACACACAUUAACCUCGUCUCCGCAGAGCAAAUUUUGUUGUUUUCUUGGUGAGAGAGAGAGAGCAAACUGUGCACGGGGAGGGAGCCAGGGAGCUACAGGGAACCAGGACGCCGCUGUGUUGUUAUGCCAAAACACUCAGCUGCGGCUUGUCAUACCCAAGUGUGUAUGACAGCCUGUGUGGUGACAUGGUGGUGUCUGUGGCUGACUGUGGCAGGCAUGGAGGUCUGGGGAGGAGGAGAGGAUGGGGAAAGAGGAGGAAGAGAGGAGAGGUCCCUUCAGCAAAUCCCCUUAGGAACCUCAGGAUUUCCCUUACCUGUGGAUAUUGACCCCAUUCCUUCAGGCCCCAGAGAACAGAUCAACCAAGUGACAUCCUUCAUUGAUGGGUCGGUGAUCUACGGGUCCAGCAAGGAGGAGAGUGACGAGCUGCGUGCCUUCUCUGGCGGCCUCCUCAAGGUGCAGCGCGGCCCGGCAAACACCCAGAUCCUCAUGGCCGACACCAACCAGAUUGACUGCAAGACCUCAGGAAGAUUCAAAGCCAGGUCACGCAAGACUCGGGCAGCAGACGGCCAGCUCAAAGACAUCGAGUCAGGUUCCCCAAACAACGUACUGGAUUUGAUGGAGGUUCUGCCUAACACUGACGUCAGCGAUAUCACGGAAAUUCCUAGCGUGUUUGAGCGUGACGACCAGACACUGCCCUGCGACCACACUUUGCGUUUCCGCACAGCUACAGGGUGGUGCAAUAAUCUUAACUUCCCGUCCUUCGGCAAGUCGUUCAGGGCAAAAAGUCGACUCCUACGUCCUUCUUAUGAAAACGGUCUGUCUAAACCUCGCGUCACUUCAGUCACCGGCAAGCCUCUCCCUUCCCCUCGGCUCAUUUCCACCAACAUGCACAACGAUGUGUCUGCACCGCAUGUCCGCUAUACCCUAAUGGUCAUGCAGUGGGGCCAGUUUAUUGACCAUGAUAUUAUUUUCACCCCCAUCAACAAAGGUUUCCAAGACUCGAUUCUGGAUUGCCGCAGAUGUGACUCUCCCCAGACAGUCCACCCUGAGUGUUUCCCCAUAGCCAUUCCUCAGAACGAUCCAUUUUUCCCUCCUGUCAAUAUAUCAUCUGGCCAGCCAUUCUGCAUCCCCCUGACCCGCUCCAUGCCAGGCCAGCUGACUCUAGAUUACGAUGCAUACUGCAACCCAACAGUGCUCAAUGAAUUUGGCAUAGCCUUCCGCUUUGGCCACUCUCUACUCAAGCCUUCCCUGGAGCGCAUGGACGGAAUAUUUGCCAAGUGCAACCCUCCUGUCAAGCUGAGCGAACACUUCUUCAACCCAGACCUACUCUACCAGCCUGGGAUGCUUGAUGAGAUCAUCCACGGCCUGACUACUGUGUCCAUGGAGACACUGGACCAGUUCUUGACAGAUGAGGUGACCAACCAUCUCUUUGAAGACAAGCGGCAGCCAUUCUCUGGCCUGGACCUGGCUGCCCUCAACAUCCAGCGAGGCAGAGACCAUGGACUGCAGCCUUACAAUGAGUACAGGGCCCUCUGUAACCUGACCAGGGCGAGGUCGUUUGAUGACCUGCACAGGGAGAUAGCGAGGCCGGUGAUCGAGCGAAUGAAACGGACGUACGCACACGUGGAUGACAUAGAUCUGUUCACUGGUGGAUUGAUUGAGACGCCGCUGCACGGUGGACUGGUCGGUCCCACGUUCGGCUGCAUCCUUGGCAUUCAGUUCAGGAACCUCCGCUGCUGUGACCGGUUCUGGUAUGAGAAUGCUGACCCACUUGUGCGCUUCACCGACCCUCAGCUCACUGAAAUAAGAAAGGUGACACUGGCCAAGCUUCUGUGUGACAACUGUGACAAUGUGGAAAGUGAACAGCGGUCUGUCUUUGACCUUCCAGACCCCUUCCUGAACCCCCGAGUGUCAUGUCGCGACCUCCCCGGGGUGAACCUUGAGCUGUGGAAAGAGCGUGUGUCAUGUGGCGUAGGCAAGACUAACAUCGACAUAAGUGGAGCAGAACGGCAUCUCUCCUUGUGUUAUGUGCACCUGUACCAAGGAAGGGCCUGUCUGCCAGAGCCUCAAGAUAGACAACUGCUUCCACCUGGCCCAGUCCUACAGUCCUGAGUCUAUUCUGAAUGACCACGUGUGCAAGGUGCAGUGUGCAUUUGCCUUCCGUGCCUUCCCACAAGUGGCCACUCAGGACUCCAACCAGCUCGGAUUUGCCAACAGUUAAAGAGCUGACGUCACAAGAAAUGGUUAGAGAAUAUUUUGCAAUGUCCAUAUCUUGUGAAGUAUGUUAGGGGUGAGGGAUGCUCUCUCUCUCUCUCUCUCUCUCUCUCUCUCUCUCUCUCUCUCUCUCUCUCUCUCUCUCUCUCUCUCUCUCUGUCUGUCUGUCUGUGUAAGAGGCAAGUUUUGUUUUUGUUCAGCAGAUAUAUGGUAUAUUAUGACAGUAAAUUUGGGGUUGAGUGGUUGUAUUUAGCAAUGUCUCUCUGGAGUAAUGCUGUAAAUUUUUGUGUUUGUUUCUCCCUUGUAUGUAUGUAUGUAUGUUCCUCCUGCUCCUCCUCCUUGGGUUUGUGAAAGACUAUAACAUCUUACAGAAAAAAAAAAAAAAAAGAAAAUUAAGUUGUUUUCAUAAUGCUGCUACUGCUGUUUGUAUGUAUGUAUGUAUCUAUGCAUCUGUGUAUAUGUGUGUGUGUGUGUGUGUGUGUGUGUGUGUGUGUGUGUGUGUGUGUGUGUGUGUGUGUGUGUGUGUGUGUGUGUAUUGAUGGAAACACACACACACACACACACACACACACACACAUGAUUAGGUAGAGAACAGACACAAGAAAAGGUAUAUUCAUUCAAAUCUUGCAAAAUGACCUUAGUAUGGCCCAGAAUACAGGUCAUUUAAGGUCAAGUUGCAUGAAAUUUGGUUAUUUAGUGAGGAAUGUUGGUAUAUGUUGACCUCAGCAAGACCCAGGACACAAGGUCAUUCAAGGUCAGAUGUAUUGCUGUUUUGAAUUCAGCAGAUCCAGAAUGAAAGGUCAUUGAAGGUCAAAUUAUGUUUAUGAAGCUUUUCUAUUUAAUUUAGUGAGAUGUGUGUGUGUGUGUGUGUGUGUGUGUGUGUGUGUGUGUGUGUGUGUGUGUGUGUGUGUGUUCAUGUGUUAUUCAAUAUCAUUCAUCUAUGUCUUUUCAGCUCCUUUUAGCCCUAACUUAUUCAUGUGUGUUCUGUCAAUGGUCUCACUUCAUUGCACCUCCAUUCACUGUGUUAAGAAAGGAAAAGUCUCUUGGUGUGGUAGGAAACUGAAAAUUAUAUUUCUGCGUGCUUAUUUUCUUCUGCUAAGUAAACCUAACUCAUAUUUUAUCCUAGUGUGUGUGUGUGUGUGUGUGUGUGUGUGUGUGUGUGUGUGUGUGUGUGUGUGUGUGUGUGUGUGUGUGUGUGUGUGUAUUGUAUGUUAAUGUAAAUUGUAAUAUGUAUUUUAUUUUUUAUAAAAUAUUGGCUAAA